UCGAUGAAUUAAAAAUACUGAAGCAAUGGCGGAUGGCUUGUUGAUUCAGGAUUUUGAAGUUUUCAAGGGGGCGAUGCUUGAAGAUAAUUUGACCUUACAAAUCGACAUUGUAAAAAGGUUACAAAUGUUAGCCAAAGCGCUAGGCGAAAGGGCAACUAGGGAGGAGUUAUUGCCGUUCAUAGAGCAAAACAUUGAGCUCCACGAUGAAAUUCUCUUCAACUUAUCCGAGCAAUUAGAACAUUUUAUGCCGCUAGUCGGGGGUUAUCAGCACGCUGGCGUACUUUUUGACAUAUUGGCGAAACUGUGUGCCACGGACGAGCUCUUGGUUAGAGAACGGGCAGUUGAAACACUGAAAAUUUUCGCUGCGGAACUAAGUGAUGAUCUGUUGGAGGAAUUAUUAUUUCCAGUAGUUCGGAGACUGUUUAACGAAGAAUGGUUCACCAGCAAAUGUUCAGCACUGAUGCUGUUUUCGACGUGUUAUCCGAGACUAGGUGAUCAGAAAAAAGAGGAACUGCGCAACAGAUUUAGAACGUUAAUUCAGGAUGAUUCGUCUCUGGUUCGUAGAGCGGCUGCGUUCGCGUGUGUAGAUUUUUUCCAUUGUCUGGAAAUUGACUACGUUCGAGAGGAAUUCAUUCCGAUUUUAUGCGAUAUCGCCCAAGAUCCUCUGGACACGGUGAGGUCUAUCACGAUUGACGUUGCAUUGUCCCUAACCGAUAAACUGAGUGAGGUCGAAAUGAAUGAAUCCGUUUUCAAAAUAAUAGAGCAGGCAAGUGAUGACCCUUCUUGGAAGUCGAGAUAUCGUUUAGCGAUUAAUAUCGCUGAAAUUCAACGGAAAAUCUAUUACAGCAAAUACAGAGAUAGGCUCAUUUCCGUGUUCCAAAAAUUAUCCCAAGACAUAGAAGCUGCAGUUCGUACGGUUGCAGCUAGCAGCGUCUUCAACUUUAGUCAAAGCUUGCGCGACUCGUACAUCAAACAGCCACAGUUUGAUACCACUUUCGAGAUUGUUUUCGAGAAAAGCGUCAUGCCUGUUAUUCGCAGACUCUUCACCGACGACGCGGACGAUGUUAGGUUAAUGCUGUCUUCCAAUAUAUUAUCUCUUGGUACAAUUCUGACGGAAUGCUGCUUCAAAAAGAACAUGAUACCCGUAUUGCUCGAAGCGUUGGAAAAAGAACAAUCGAUGGUUGUUCAAGCGAAUUACUUGCAAGGUCUGAGUAACAUAUCUCGUGACGUAGAUCUAAAAGAAUCCUUGGAUACAAUUAAAGCGGCUAUUAGAAGCGUAUUGGUUAAGUCCCAAACCAAUUGGCGAAGUAGGCGAAGUGUUUUGAUGACGUUUGUCGAUUUAGCAAAGUUCUGCAAUUCCGAUUACUUUUCGGCAAAUUUUAAACUCUACUACGCUACCUUACUGGGCGAUUCAGUUUGUGCGGUUCGACGAUGUGCUUGUUUGAUUUUGCCGCUGUUGGCCAAACAGUACGGAAUCAAAUGGGUUGCGGAAAAUCUGAUUCCCUAUUACGCAAUGUUUACCAGGGACGCGAGGUAUUUAUACAGAUACGUCCCUUUAUUUGGCAUUAGUGAAUUGCUGAACCCAACUUUAAGUAAAGAAAAUGUUUCUUAUUUGGGUGGAUUUGAAAAAUUGAUUGAAGGGAACGGUAGGCCAUCAAAUAGAUUAGCUGUUGUAGCUCUAGCGAAAAUUGACAAAUAUUGCCACGAAAUAGACAAGCAAUUGGAACAAGACGUCUAUAAAGAUAUGUUAUUUUUGAGAACGGAGGUAGAAUAUUCCGAUAACGAUUCCGUGCCUAUAUAUUUCGAAAAAUCUUUGGAAGAGAUCAGAGAGAAAUACAAAGACAUACAUACUUACUCGAUAGAAGAAAUCGAUUUUGACCAAAGCAGAUGGACUUACAUACAAGGAAUUUUGUAUUUGAUUCAUCAAAACUUUUUAGAGAUAGUUAAGACGCUAAACGGGGAUGUUACGGAAAACAUCCAAAUUCGGGCUAUUUUUACAUUAGGUCAAAUAUACGAUUUUAUUACUUGCCUCAAAAAAGAACUGUCCGAGUCUUGGGUGCAGCAAGCUUUGGGUCAGUUAUCAGAAGAACAGUUGAAACGCAUCGACUCGGAAAUCCUGAAGAAGAUGUCGAUAGACCAUGAGGACAUGGAUAUCAUAGACACGAGUUUAAUGGAUCACGUGGCAUUACCGACUUCAAUAUUAAAGGAACUGCCCAUAAUUGAUGAAGAUGUCACAAAUCAGAGUAAAAUUACCAAAAAUCAGAUUGAAGUGAUAUUGGAAAAAAAAUGUCCCGAGACCAGUUUAGACAACAUGAGUGAGUGCGACGAAUUAAUGGAGAAUGUAGAUAAGGACAUACUUAAUUGAUAAGCCAGCAAUUAUUUAUUUUUUUCUUGUGUAUCACUUAGUUAUGGCUGAGUUACUUAAAUUAUUAGGAAUCAUUAUUUUGUGAAUUAUAAAUAGCAAUAUAACACA